AUGAGGGAACUGAAAGGUCGCAGCGAGACCAUUUUCAUUGUGACUGUUAUUUUCUUGGGUAUCUCGUUCAUUGCCGUUUGCCUGAGAUGUUUUGUUCGGUUGCGGCUCGUGAGGGCCUUUGGAUGGGAUGAUGCUCUAAUGGUUUUUGCGAUGGGUUUGAAUAUUCUGUUCGCAUUGUGUGGAAUGAUGGGCGCACUUUACGGUAUGGGACAGAAGAUUGGCGAUAUUCCCGACCUAAGAGAUAUUGAAACUGCCAUGUUUUGGUGGUGGCUUGGCCAGACAAGUUACGUCUUUACAUGCGUUGUCGCAAAGAUCUCUAUCGCACUGGCCCUCCUUCGUCUUACCGUCGCCCGUGCCCACACGAUAUUGCUGUGGUGUGUCAUCGCAGUAUCUACUGUUAUAGGACUUGUAUUCUGGUUCAUGUUGACCUUACAAUGUCACCCGGUCGAUUACUUCUGGAUGCGGGCAAAAGCAUUUCUAGGACAAGAAGUCACAGGAACAUGUUUGGAUGUUGAUUAUCUCAUUGCAAUCGCAUACCUGUACAGUGUCGUUGCAACGCUCUGUGAUUUCAUCCUUGGUCUCUUGCCGAUUGCCCUCGUCUGGAACCUGCAAAUGAACACGCGCACUAAGGCUGCCUUGGCCGGUAUCCUAAGCCUAGGGUGCAUUGCUAGCGCCGCGGUUAUCGUUCGAAUCCCCUAUCUCCAUCACUACAAAGACAAGGAGUUCCUCUAUGCCACAACGGAUAUCUCGAUCUGGUCAAAUGUUGAAGCCGGCCUUGGAAUCACAGCCGGAAGUCUGGUUACGCUCCGGCCACUCUUUCGCUGGUUUCGCGGCACCACCUACGAUGUCUCUUACAGCGCCAAAAGAACACCGGGCAGUAUGCCUCUGUCCAGCAUGAAUGGCAACGGCAAAGUCCACAGCGCCGACGCAUCGCGACUGGACCGGGCUGCGACCAAGUACUGGAGACCGGACUUGGAUCAACAUGAUAGCCAAGGGGUGGUGACGACUGUUCAAACUUCCACGGGAAGUCGGAGCAGCAGUCAGGAGAAUCUUAACCCUAAGCCAAACACGACGCGCGGCAUUAACAUGCACAAGUCGUUCUUGGUCACGUCAGAUGAUGUUUAG